CAGCCUGCAACAGUGACGGCAUGCGAGUCUAGGUUUCCGCCACCUUGUGAAACUCACUCCGCUUACAGUAAAUUAAUUAACCGUCGUAAUUAACAUGGAUGGAAAAAUGGAAAAGAAAGCUACUACGUACUCAUGGGACUUUGUGGACCCUCCUUCGAGCGACUGCUUCUGCCCAACGUGUGGGGACAUCUUGCAAGAGCCAAUGCUGACCAACUGCUGUGGAAAACACUUCUGCAAGAGCUGUAUAGAGCCAUUGUUCCAAACUAAACAACCAUGCCCAAACAAAAAGUGCCUUGAGACUGACUAUCUGUGCAUUGUGGACAAACCAAAGUGGAAGAAAAUCAUGGAGCUGGAUGUGAUCUGUCCCCUCAAAGGCAGGGGGUGCAAUUGGAAGGGGGAGGUUGGGACACGAGACAAACAUUUGGACCCCCAGGAGGGUAACUGCGAGUAUAUCGAUGUCGAGUGCACCAAUGGGUGUGGUGAAGAGAUGGAGCUGUACGAGUUAGCCGAGCACCUGGAGCGUUUCUGUCACAAGCGUCCGUACACAUGUGAACACUGUGGGUUCGAGAAUGUGUUUGAGGUGGUUACAAAAGACCACGUGCACGAGUGCCCAGCCUUCCCUAUCGAAUGCCCUUGCGAUUCUGAUAACAUUACGAGAUCUAGCUAUCCCGAACAUUUGCUAGCCUGUCCUGAGCAAGUGGUGGAGUGUGAGUUCAGCUACGCUGGUUGUCUGAAGAGAGUUUUGAGGAAGAACAUGGCACAGCAUCAACAGGACGAUGUGUACACGCACCUCAGCUUGCAGACUGCCUUUGCUUCCAAGCAACUCACAGAGAAAGACAAACAGCUAAACGAUUUUUACCAUUCCUGGGAAGAAAGAUUUUGUGAAGUGAAGCUCAAAAUGGAACAACUUACAGUACAACAUGAACAGCAAGAGGUAAGGCUAUCAAAGAAGAUUGAUAAACUUAAAGGACUUAUUUGUAAACUGGGAUUAUCACUUACUUUCAGCCAAGGACGAAAGCUUAUCCUUAAGCAGGCAAAUAUCGCCAACGAGUGUGUUCAUGUGAUCGUUAAUGCAGCAGCAUCUGAUUUGUCAUUUGACUAUGGUGUGGCCAGAGCUCUCAACGAAGCUAGCAAAGGUAACCUCGAGAAGCAGUUCAGGAUGAAAGCUACCCCUAGCCCUUAUGUGGGAUCAGUUGUUGUGAGUCAGGGAGGAGGCAAUCUUCAGUGCAAGUCGGUUAUAAAUGCUUUUGGACCAGGCUCGUAUACAAGGAUCAAUGAUGACAGUGGUAAUGAAACUAUUAUAGCUCAUCUUAUAGCUAAAAUUCUGACCACUGCUGAGCAAAAAGAUGCUUGUUCCAUUGCAAUUCCUGCCAUUGGCGGUGGUAAUUUGAGACGUCACAUACACCUUGUGGCAAGGACCAUUUUUGACACUAUCUAUCAUCAUAAAUUCACCAAGCCACCUCCAAUCCUUUCUGAUAUUAGAAUAGUCGUCAUAGAUAGUGCAACCUAUGAAACAUUUGCCACUCAUUUUAUGCUCAAAUUAAUGUCAGAUGCGUAAUUGUGAUCACAUAAUUUUGAUCUGUAUUAUAAAUUAGACCAACAUCGGGGAUUCCCCAGUUUGUACCCCCUAGUCUCGUGAUGCACUGAUAUAUUCAAAGUGGCCCACGAGACUAACACCACCCCCUCCUGCCUUGUGUACCACGCGAUGAAACGUCUGGUUCUAAUUGCAUUCCAACGGGACAUGUGCAGCCAGCCAUCAACCAUAUCUAUGCAUCAACCAAGCAUAAUUAUAGUAUCUAUGAACCAAGCACUUCAAAGACAUUGCAAAUUGGGAACUUCUGUGAUGGAGCUGGAAAAGAUUGGUACUACGUACUCAUGGGACUUUGUGGACCCUCCUUCGAGCGACUGCUUCUGCCCAACGUGUGGGGACAUCUUGCAAGAGCCAAUGCUGACCAACUGCUGUGGAAAACACUUCUGCAAGAGCUGUAUAGAGCCAUUGUUCCAAACUAAACAACCAUGCCCAAACAAAGAGUGCCUUGAGACUGACUAUCUGUGCAUUGUGGACAAACCAAAGUGGAAGAAAAUCAUGGAGCUGGAUGUGAUCUGUCCCCUCAAAGGCAGGGGGUGCAAUUGGAAGGGGGAGGUUGGGACACGAGACAAACAUUUGGACCCCCAGGAGGGUAACUGCGAGUAUAUCGAUGUCGAGUGCACCAAUGGGUGUGGUGAAGAGAUGGAGCUGUACGAGUUAGCCGAGCACCUGGAGCGUUUCUGUCACAAGCGUCCGUACACAUGUGAACACUGUGGGUUCGAGAAUGUGUUUGAGGUGGUUACAAAAGACCACGUGCACGAGUGCCCAGCCUUCCCUAUCGAAUGCCCUUGCAAUUCUGAUAACAUUACGAGAUCUAGCUAUCCUGAACAUUUGCUAGCCUGUCCUGAGCAAGUGGUGGAGUGUGAGUUCAGCUACGCUGGUUGUCUGAAGAGAGUUUUGAGGAAGAAAAUGGCACAGCAUCAACAGGACGAUGUGUACACACACCUCAGCUUGCAGACUGCCUUUGCUUCCAAGCAACUCACAGAGAAAGACAAGCAACUAAGAGAGGUGUCUGAGUAUUGGGAGACAAAGUUUAACGAAAUGUCAAUGACGAUGAGCAAACUUCAAAAGCAUGUUGAGGAACAAUCAAAAUGGAUGAAGCGUGAACUGCAAAGGAAAGAAGUUUUGAUUUCUGAACUAAGACGAAUUCACAAACUGGAAGUUUUUUGCGAUAUUUCAAGUCAUCGAAAGUUAGAACUCAAACGAGGAGACAUUGCCAUGGAGAAUGCUGAUAUUAUCGUUAAUGCAGGAGCAGAACAUUUUGACUAUGUAAUGGGUGUUUCUAAGGCUCUCAAUGAAGCUAGUGAUGGACUUCUUAAGCAGUACACCACUCAGUACUUAGAAGAGCAUCCAGGUGAAAACGUGUGUGCAGCUCCUUUUCUAACAGAAGCAGGAGGUGCUCUGGACUGCAAGAAGGUUUUACAUGCUUUUGGUCCUGGUUGGAUUCGUGAUUCAGAUUCAGGAGCACAGUCGGUGUUAUGUCAAUGCAUUAAAGAGGUGUUAGAGUGUGCUGAGAAGGAAGAGGCUACAUCAAUUGCAAUUCCGGCUAUUAGUGCUGGUGGA